CAAAGGCAAAGAAAGACACAUGGAGCAGUCCGACAGACACUCCUGCAGGUGUAUGCUGAUGCUGGUCAAUCCGUGGACAGGGCCAAUUGGCCUCUUGUCUUCUUGCUGGAAGCAAGGACUGCCGAGUCCGUAGCAAAGUUUCAAUCAAUCCAUGCCUUUCCGCAUUGUUUGUUUGUUGUUCUGUUCUAUUUCCUUCCAUCCAGGGCGCUGGACUUCGUAUAUAUCAACCCGGGGGCAAUAGGGGUAUUCCCCCGUUGCCCUGUGUCCGUCUUUCCAUUUCCUGGACCACUUCAACCAUUUGAAUUCCGUGCCUGGAAACAAGAGUUCCCCUUACCGAGAAUACUGAUCAACUCGACCCUUGGACCAAGGUAAUCUCGCCUCCGCAAACCACAAAUCACGUCCGGCCCAGCAUCGGCGAUCCAUCGGCCACGUCGAUCGCGAGUCUAUAAUUUGCAGUCAAUCUUGCUAACCGGGCUGUUCUCCUGCACUACCACAGCGAUAGUUAGUCUGCUUGUCUGACGACAUGAUCUGUUAGCCUUCCUGGUUGUCUUUUUGGCCUUUUAUGGCUGCUCACCGUUUGACAGGUUGAGGCUCUCGCCUUCUUUCCCCCUAACACCAGAAUCACAACCUAGUCAGCCCUACAGGUCGAGUCCGGAGGUUAUUGAAUUCCGGAAGAACCGGCGAUUUUGCAAUUCUUUCAGUUUCCCUGAAAGAGAGGAAACACGGAACACUUUCUUUGUUUCUGUUUCCGGUAAGAGAAGAAAGAAACAACAUGACCGUGGACAUAUUGAUUUCCCACGGCCUUUCCUCUGGCUGCGGAGUCUGCGGUAAAACAGAGAACCUGCAAUGCUGUCCGCACUGCAAGGUCAUGCUCUACUGCAACGGCGCGCAUCAAGCCGCCCAUCUGGAGUCGCACAACCCUCUCUGCAAAGCGGUCUCCAAGAAAUGCGCCCGGCUCGAGUCCGAGGAGCGCGCGCUGCGCUCUAACGCGCCCUUCUCGUCGCUGCGCGAGGAUGUCUUCAAGAACUACGAGGGCAUCUUCUGGGGUAUUCUCGAGACGCGCGAGUACAUGCGGGCUCGCUUCGCGCUGGCCGACGCGCUGGGGAAGAUCAACACGCGUACUUCCGUGCAGGCGCAGGUCGAACAUCUCCUGGACAUGCUCCGGUUGUGUCGGAGCGAUAACAUGGGUGUGCGCAAUAUCGUGCCCUUCUUACUUCUACGCCUGAACAGGGACCAGCAGUGCUAUGAUUUUCUCAAGUGGUGGCAUACUACGGGCGAUGACCACCAGUACGACUGGUCCAACACCCAGUUGCCCUACCUGGAUACCCGGGACGCGGAUGUUUUCGAGUGUGUCGACAUCUUCUGCCGCCGGCCGUUCAGUCUCAGCCACACCGUUGCCGUCACGCUGCUGAAGAUCAAACUCCUGCUAGAUCUGGAGGCACUGCAGAACUCCAUCGUGGUGGGCGAGAAAGUGCCCCGGGAGAUCCUCGACAGUAUCCAGAGGCAUAUCGUGCGGAGUCCCAUCAUUAGCUCCAACAUGAAGCUCAUGGACUGCUGGGACCAUUCGCACACUAUCGAGUCCCUGGAGCUGCAGGUGUGCAGUCUCUACGCGGCCGUCAAGACAUGCAACCCGCACUUCUGGGAGCGUCUUGUCGACCCGGGCUGUACCCCGGCUACUCAGCCGGACUCAUGCUCGCAGAGCAGUAUCGAGGAGGCCCGGCUGGUUCUGGAGCACUCGUACGACGCUUGGGUUGAGACACCCGGCGCCAUUGGCGUCAUCAAAGGCUUGAUGGCCGACGAUAAACGGGGCCACGACGUAUUUGGCGUGUCUUCUAAUGAAGGAUUACAGACAGCCUCUGCGCGAAUUUGAUGUUAUCCGCGACCAGCAUAUUGAUUUGAUUCCAUUCCAUGUACAUGCGUCUAUACGGCUCUCCUUGUCUACUUUUCUCUCAGCUUAUACCAUUACUGUACAGUGAAAGAUACCCAAAAAGGCUGGAAAUGUAUAUUCGUGGAGUUUUUUCUUUCUUUUUGGACACGGCCGCAUUGAUUUGAUUGUUUUACCGGGUUGGACGAAGCUAAAUAGACAUUUAUCUUAAUGCUAUAUUAGCUAUAUUAGCUAUAUUAAUCCUUAGUCCCAUCCUGUCCUUGUCUAUUCAGACAGCAGAUUGGCCUUGUUACAGGAGGGAAG